AAAAUAUAUAUUGGAGGAUAAUUACAGCUCCCGACGAGCACCAUUCAUUUUGGAAACUGAAAGGCAAAGUGUUAAAUUUUCUUUGCAUCAUCUCCAAGGCUUCAGUUUAACUUUAUAGCCUCCAAGAUUUCAUGGUUGGGUCUUAACUCUUUUUGAACACACAAUAAAGAGGGAGUCCAUAUAUGGCUACUUCUUUGAAUUCUGUUAUGGGCUUUCACUCAACUCUGCAGGCCAACUACUGGCAUCUCUCUAGGAGUGCCCCAAUGCAGAAGGUUCCAUACUUCCCAUCUUCCUUUCAGAUGCCAGGGUUAAGAAGAUGCAUGCCAGUUACUAGGGAGAAAUUCUUUCUUUUAGUUGCUAAAAGUGAUAGUCUUGAAACAGAAGUUAGUGAUAAGGAUUCUGGAAAUGCUAAAAGCACAAACUCUGAAGCUAUUACACCUACUGAAUCUUCAAAAGCAGAGGGUGAAGUGCAGUCCAGUGAUCAAACUAGAUUGGCUGUGCAAGAAUCCAAAGUUCCAAACGGAUCCGUAAAUUCCACAAACUUGGAACAGGAAGCAUCUUCCUCCAGUCCAAAACCAACCUUAAAGAGAUCUCCAUUGACAGCAAGAGAGAAACUUAGGGCAGCUAGGGUUCUCAGCCGGUACAAUGAAUCAAAGGUCUCCUCUAAACCUCAGCUUGGAAGCAAACUAAUUGAGGCCCUACGAGAAAGUGAGAAGGGGAAAAAGAGACCUGGACUUCCAGAGGCGCCUACAAAUUUGUUCGAUGAUAGCAAAAGAGGGAUGCCAAAACCAGGCUGGACUUUUGAGUUUCCAGGAGGAUUUGAUGUCUUCCUUGUGGUAUUUUCAUUUGUAUUCAUCAGCACAAUUAUGUUUGCUACAACAUACCUUGUGUGGAAAGUUGGUGCUAUCCAUUUUAACGAUUACUGAGGUAGAUGUUCAUGAUAGGCUGGUUCCCUUCUUGGGUUUUCGGGACAUGGUACUGGUCUAGCCAUCCACAAGCACCCGAGAUGAGCAGAGUUUUGUGUACAACAAAUGCUUUCUAGCUGAGAAUUGUACUUUUGGCGCUAGUUUAAAGUUCUUUUGAAUCCGAAGAUCUCAGGUGGGUAGGGAUGCCGUAUAGUUGAAUACAAAAGUGUAGCUCUUCAACAAUAUAUUAUGGAACUGUCUUAUUGCCUUA